UUUGUUGCUUGAUUGUAUACUCGGCUCGGUCCGGCCGGGCCAUGGUUGGAAGGGACGGGGGGAUUCCGCAGGCUGUUGGACUCCUAGUCUCUAACAGCAAUACCGGGCGGUCACAGCUCGAAUGGAAAAAGGUUUUUUUAUUACGGUCAUGAAAGGGAGCGUCGGAUUACCCAUGAAUAGAGAACGCAGGAUGUCCAAAAUCCAUCUCAUCCACCUGCUGGAGGCCUCAAUCCACCCUCGUGGUCCCAAUGCAAAGCUUCCCAAGGGGGCCCGGACCCCCCGUGUCUCCAGCAGGUGGGAAAGAUGGACUUGGAGGAUGAGUUUACAUGGAUGGAGUAGAGGGCUACUCCUUUUGACGUGUGUUAUGACGCAGUUUUGUGAGAAAAAAUUUAUUUCAUUUGUUUAUUUAUUUUUUUUUUUGUCGGUUCAUUCGUCAAUUCGACCGGCAUGGACCUAUGUAGAAAUGAUAUAGGGAAACGAGCAGAUGCCAUGAAAAACCGAUGAUCCUAGUGUACUUAGCCAGGAUAUACCAGAG